CCCCCCCUGCUUGGGAGCAUCCCGCCUGCACUUCCCCGCGGAGGCACAGCCGGCCCUUGGAAUUAAAAUACUCACCACGCUGGGCAGCCGAGGGAGAGUGGGAGCAGGUACCCAUUACACCAUUUCUUUGGUGAAGGCUGUUCAGCAGUGGUGACAUCUUCCAAUCGGCCACUCUGCAGAUUAUCAUCUCUGGACUCCCAGCUGACACCCUGCCGGAGGCUAGAGCUACUGAGACAACUGGAAUUGUGCCUGCUUUGGUCAAGGCUUUUUCUUUCACCGAGGAGAAAAAAAAAAAAAAAAAAAGAUGAAGUUGGGAAAAGUGGAGUUUUGCAAUUUUCUUCAGAUACUCUCUCUUUUCUUGUGUCUUUCUGGGAUGAAUCAAGCAGAGAUCACAAGGUCCAGGUCAAAGCCCUAUUUUCAAUCAGGGAGGACGAGAACCAAACGCAGCUGGGUGUGGAAUCAGUUCUUUGUGCUGGAAGAAUACAUGGGUACAGACCCACUCUAUGUAGGAAAGCUUCACUCUGAUGUUGAUAAAGGAGAUGGUUCCAUCAAAUACAUCUUGUCAGGCGAAGGGGCAAGUUCCAUUUUCAUUAUUGAUGAGAACACGGGGGAUAUUCAUGCUACAAAGAGGCUGGACCGAGAGGAGCAGGCCUACUACACGCUCCGAGCACAAGCUCUAGAUAGGCUGACUAAUAAACCCGUGGAGCCAGAGUCUGAGUUCGUCAUUAAGAUUCAGGACAUCAAUGACAAUGAGCCAAAAUUUCUGGAUGGUCCCUACACUGCUGGAGUUCCUGAGAUGUCUCCUGUGGGUACCUCUGUGGUUCAAGUGACAGCCACUGAUGCAGAUGAUCCUACUUACGGCAACAGUGCUCGAGUGGUUUACAGCAUAUUGCAAGGACAGCCUUACUUCUCUGUGGAGCCCAAAACAGGUGUUAUCAAGACUGCCCUUCCAAAUAUGGACAGAGAAGCCAAGGACCAGUACCUGUUAGUUAUCCAAGCAAAGGACAUGGUUGGGCAGAAUGGGGGAUUGUCAGGGACUACAUCUGUGACUGUCACCCUGACUGAUGUAAAUGACAACCCGCCCCGCUUCCCACGCAGAUCUUAUCAGUAUAAUGUCCCAGAGUCUUUGCCAGUGGCUUCUGUGGUGGCCAGAAUAAAAGCUGCAGAUGCAGAUGUUGGACCUAAUGCUGAAAUGGAGUACAAGAUUGUGGAUGGUGAUGGCUUGGGAGUAUUCAAAGUUUCUGUUGACAAAGACACCCAGGAGGGAAUCAUAACUAUUCAGAAGGAGCUGGAUUUUGAAGCUAAGACAAGCUAUACCUUGAGGAUAGAAGCAGCCAAUAUGCAUGUUGACCCUCGUUUCCUGAGUCUGGGGCCCUUCAGUGAUAUGACAACAGUGAAGAUAAUUGUGGAGGACGUUGAUGAGCCACCUGUGUUUACCUCCCGUCUGUACUCCAUGGUGGUGUCCGAAGCAGCAAAGGUUGGCACAAUCAUUGGAACUGUAGCAGCCCAUGAUCCCGAUGCCUCAAACAGUCCUGUCAGGUAUUCGAUAGAUCGAAACACGGAUCUGGAGAGGUAUUUCAAUAUUGAUGCCAACAGUGGAGUCAUUACAACUGCCAAAUCUUUGGACAGGGAAACUAAUGCUGUUCAUAAUAUCACAGUUUUGGCCAUGGAAAGUCAGAAUCCAGCGCAGAUUGGGAGAGGCUAUGUAGCCAUCACAAUCCUUGACAUCAAUGACAAUGCCCCUGAGUUUGCCAUGGAGUAUGAGACAACUGUCUGUGAAAAUGCUCAGCCGGGUCAGGUGAUCCAAAAAAUUAGUGCAAUUGAUAAGGAUGACCCACCAAAUGGCCAUCAGUUCUACUUCAGUUUAACAGCAGAGGCAGCAAAUAACCACAAUUUUACAUUGCAGGACAACAAAGAUAAUACUGCGACAGUAUUAACCAAAAGGAAUGGGUUUCGAAGACAGGAACAGUCUGUUUUCUACUUGCCAAUAUUCAUAGUGGACAGUGGAUCACCUUCACUUAGUAGCACUAACACUCUCACCAUCAGGGUCUGUGAUUGUGAUGCAGAUGGUAUUGCUCAGACAUGCAAUGCAGAAGCAUACAUCUUGCCUGCAGGACUCAGCACUGGAGCCCUGAUAGCAAUAUUGGCUUGUGUCUUGACACUGCUAGUUCUUGUCUUGCUGAUUGUCACCAUGAGGCGACGGAAAAAAGAGCCCCUCAUUUUUGAUGAAGAGAGAGAUAUCAGAGAAAACAUUGUCCGGUACGAUGAUGAGGGUGGUGGAGAGGAAGACACAGAGGCUUUUGACAUGGCUGCCUUGAGGAACCUCAACAUCAUGCGAGACACCAAGACCAGAAGGGACGUGACACCUGAGAUUCAGUUCUUGAGCAGACCGACUUUUAAAAGUAUCCCAGAUAAUGUCAUUUUUAGGGAAUUUAUCUGGGAAAGACUAAAAGAAGCUGACGUGGACCCCUGCGCGCCGCCCUACGACUCCCUGCAGACGUACGCAUUUGAGGGGAACGGCUCGGUGGCGGAGUCGCUCAGUUCUUUAGAUUCCAUCAGCUCAAACUCUGACCAGAACUACGAUUACCUCAGUGACUGGGGCCCUCGUUUUAAAAGGCUUGCAGAUAUGUACGGGACCGGACCAGAGUGCUUAUACUCCUAGCCUUGGAACCUUUCUCUGAAAAUGCACUGAAGAAUCUUAAAACAGAAAACUCAACCUAAAAGACUGAGGAAAGUUGUAAAUAUUUUCCCAUUUUUUAAAUUUUAGGUUGGUUUUGGUUUUUUUUUGUUUUUGCCUUGGUGGAACAUAUCUUCAUUAGACUUGUCCUAGGGACUGCACUGACCACACAGAAUAUGAGCAUUUGGUGGCAUUUUUGAUAAAAUGAAAUGCUCAGCCACGUUCAAAUAGAUAGCAACCCUGAAAUACCUGCAGAGGCAACUCACUUUCAAGAGUAUGUUACACAGUCACCUCAGUGAGCUGGCAUCUGUAGAUGCCUUCACAGUAUUGCUAUAUUGAGAAUACAGAGUCCCUGUUUUAAGAAGAAACAAAUUUUCAAAUAUAUAACUCAAUACAAUAAUGUAUUAUAUUGUAUUUACACAGGCAAGGUUUUUUUAGCAAAUUUUCUUUACUCUGUGCAUACAGCUUACUAGAACAAAAGCAAAGGACUGAUGAAAACAAACAAAAACCCAGGAAAUAUUUUUUGUGUUUCUUCUGAGCUAUUUAAUCAGAAAUUUCUGUAAUUUUCUGGGUUGUUUUCAAGAAAUUAUUGUUUGUACUAAGAAAUUCCACAAUGUAUUGUCAACUUACAAAGUAGUUUAAAAUUCACAUAAAACUAUAAAUAUGGAGGUGUAGUCCUAUGGAUGGGAAGUUUUGUGAUGCCCAUAUAGGUAUAGAAAAGGUGUUGCUAUCUAUUUGCUAUUUUUUAUUCUCUCUUCUGAUUUGUACAGGAGAAUUUAUCCUUUUUUAUUAUUGUUUAACAUAAAGUGUUAUAUUUAUUUUGGAACUCCAAUCUCCACUAAAUUCAGGUCCAUUUUACUGCCUCAUGGUUUUAGACUUGUCAGAACAUGCUGAUUUUUCUCCAGUCUCAGAUAAAUGUAGGAAAUGAAGCAUGGAAGUGGAAAAAUUACAGUAAACAAGGCCACCCACCAUUCAUGCCACAGAAAGGAGAGCAGCUCCAAGGAUGUGCAGUUGUUCUUCUGAGCCAUUACAAAGUCUGAGACAUUUAAAGAAGAUAUUUGUACAUUGAAUUUUUUGAAAGAAGACUGCAGAGGUAGCUGGGAGUGUCUUAAUGCAAGAUUUAAUUUUCAAGGUUAAACACACUAUAUGCUUCAAAGACUGUAAACACCUCACUCUUCUUCUUCCCUUCUCUUUUGCUGCUGAUGAAUCACAGUAAAAGAUUUUUCUAUUUCUUUCUUACGUUAAACAAUGUAAAACUAUUAACUUCAGAGGUCAUCUUUAGAUCCUGCUGCACAUAAGUAUUAUUUCCCCAAGGUGUUAACUCACUACACAUAAUUUCUAUGCUGGUUCAGGAGUGCCAAAACAGAAGGACAACUAUUAUUGGUUAAUAUACUGUAUGAUUUUGAAGUAGGAUUUCUUAGAAUAAGACAACUUUUUUAUGAUUCCGACAAUAUUUAUACUUCAUCUUUCAUGAUUUAUUACUAGAUAAUAGGACAUAUAUUCAAGUAAAAUAGUGGGUUUAGGUAUUAUUUCAGAUUUUUUUUUUGUUUUAGAUAUAAUGUAGAUGAGUUCCUAAAUUAGAAUCUGUUCCUGCAAAUUUUUUGCUUGUACCUAACUGGAAAUGACUUGACCUGCCUGCAAUUACUGGGGUACACUGCAUUGUUUACAGAACUGUGUUUGUGAACGAAGGUGCUCCACAGAGAAUGAUGCUCACUCUAAAAGUACUUCUUUCUGAGAGAGAAGGAUCCUUGUACUGAAAUCCUAAUGUAUGAGUGAUGUGAGGCUGGGGGAUGGGAAAUUAUCAUUAAGGCUCUUUAAAUUUUGCAGCCCAGCAUUAUCAAUUAAUUAUGUGAAAGUGGCCUUCAGCUCCAACAGAAAAGAAGAAUAAUUUUAAUCAUCUACAACAUUCUUAAUUUGAGUUACAUGUUAAUAGACAAUCAUUGUUUCAUAAUUCAGUAGAUUUGCUUCUAGUUGUAUGAAAUAUAUAUAUAUAGGCAUAUAUAUAUAUAUAUAUAUAUAUAUGACAGAUUUUGUAAUGGAACUGAAAGAUAUCGUCCAUGACUUUUAGUCAUACAUGUAAGAUUUUCAAUAAAAGUAUUAAAAAAUAGGAAAAAAAAGAACCAAUGUGUAUACAGUUUAAUGAGAGCAAGAUAUGCUGCAGAAUAUAAGCAGAUAUUAAAUCAGAGAGGUUCUGAAAGAACGGUUUUCACUAAUCUCUUUUUUCUUUGCAGGAAGAUAAUUCACGCAUCUGAAUUAAGAUGUCAAAAAUGUUGAUUUUACCACAUAACAUUCACAGGAGAUUUAAAUGUGGUUUAGAGUAAACAGCCCAAUUUCCUUGGUUUUCUACCUUCUGUAUCUGUAAAAAACCCCAAAACCUCCACUGUUAGGAAACUAUGUUAGGAUGGGGUUUCUUUGAUGUGCUUUCUACAGAAAAAAAUAUGCUUUAUUCUGAUACCAUGAAAGUUCUGCAUGUUUUCUGUUGCACAGUUCUAAUUUAAGUUUGCUGUUGCAUUCUACAUGCUUCCCUGCUGAUUGUAUUGUUGCAGUUAGAAGGGAAGGUGAAAAUCCCCUAUAUUUGGUGACAGAUAUUACUGUAGCAUACACACAAGGGUGUGUGUAAUAUGCAUGCUACAUAAUGCUCACCAAAACUUACCACGACUACAGGUUUUUACAGUUUGUAAUCUGAUUCCAAUUCUUUUGUUGAGUCUUACUUAUGGUGCAUAGCUGGAUGGCAUAAAUUGUAUUCUACUGACUAAAUACUAUAAAAUGUAAAAAACAUUUUUUCUGUCCUGGAAAGGUGAUGAAAUUAUUUGGGCAAAUUAAUUAGAACAGGUCUUUAAAAAUACUUCCAAUCAUAUUUAUUUAUUUAUUUAACUUUCUGAAGAGCUUCGGUAUCUAGAAGCUAGAAGCCAAAAAUCAUAGAUAAAAACAUUGCAGUCUCUCCCGUCUUUCAGCGGAAUAACAUGUCUUUCCUUCUGCCAUAUGCCAAUGGAAUAAGCUUAUUUUAGAUUGAGAUUUCCAAGAAUCUUGAAAAGUGCAGUUUUAAGUGUGCUACUAAAAUACUCCUGAAUGAAAUUAAGCUGUUUGAAGAAGACUUAAGGGGAAGACUUCUUACUCUGUUUUGACCAGUAUGAAAUCUACUGAAUUCAACAGAGUCAAACAAUGGACAUUCUGACUAAUAUUCCCUAUUCAAAAGAAUAAACUUAGCAUACUUACUCUAAGUUAUAUUCCCACUAAGAUAUAGCAAGGGCCUUCCUAAGCCUCCUAGUUCUGAUGGCUGCUUAAUAUAAUCACUGCAGGACUCAUGAACUUUGAUGUUACAAACUGAAAUUUCUCCUACUCUCAAAGAAUUAAGGGAGAAAAAAACCCUCAAAAAACAAAACUAGUUCCUUUUCACUCUUUUAUUUUUUUAUUUGUAAGGGAGAAGGAGGAUUAAUCAAAAUGUCCUUUUUCAGUUAAAGUCUUUUCUACAUUUUUUUUCCUCUUUACACUUCAGGUGUUAGCAAUAAUUAAUAAAAAAUCCUAUCUUUUUUAUUUUAGAAGUUUUGGAUGAAAGCAUGUUAUGAAAUAUAAAAUUGCAGCAUCUU